AUGUUUAAGGCAUGGUUUUUUCGUCGGGAGAGGGUUAUAAGACCGCGUAUUGAUGUGUUUGCAUACCCUAAUAAAUAUUUGAAAGAGCGUUAUCGUUUUUCAAGAGAUUCGUUAGUUUAUUUAAAACGUCUUUUAAAAACGCAUACCGCAAAUAUGACAAACCGCGGUUCUGCCUUAGCACUUAGGUUUUUUGCGUCUGGCAUUUUUUUGUACAGUGUGGGCGAUUCAGAGCAUGUGGGAAAGGCAACUGUGUGCAGAGCCGUUCGUACAGUAUGUCUGGCACUUAAACAGUUCUUACCCACGUUUGUGCAGUUCCCUGGCCAGAAACCUCUGCUUGUUAUUAAAGACGAAUUCCACAGAGUGGUAAUAUGUGAGGCAACCCAAAUCAUUACCAAUGUCGAGGCAAAAUGGCCAGGAUCUGUGAAUGAUGCCAGAAUUUUCCGCGAGUCAUCAUUAUGCCAGACAUUUCAGCAGGGACAGUACAAUGGUUACUUGCUGGGGGACAGAGGAUACCCUUGUCUGCCCUAUUUAAUGACACCCUACCCUGAACCUGAGCCUGGACCACAGACACGGUUUAACCUGGCUCACAACCAAACACGGGCCAAGGUGGAGAUGACUAUAGGGAUCCUCAAAUCUCGGUUUCAGUGUCUGCGUGGGCUCCGGGUUAGUCCUGAGAGGGCAUACGACAUUUUAGUGGCUUGUGUUGUGCUUCACAAUAUUGCCACUAUAAGAGUAGAGAGCCACCCUCCUUGUAUUGAGAAAGAUGGCCCAGAGGAACACCUACAGAUUUUAGAGGCCAGCAGAGAC